AAAGCUUCCGAGGCUUAUAUUCUAGAGUUCACCAAGAAAACAGUUCCUUAUGUCAAAGACGCUCUCUCCACUCUGGUCUCAUCACGUAAGGAAUCCGGUUCGGUUCGGGUCGUCGGUUUGGUUAUCGAUUUCUUCUGUGUCCCCUUGAUCCAAGUGGCAAACGAGUUUAACCUUCCUUGUUACAUUUUUCAAACGUCUAACGCUGGUUUUACGUGUAUGAUGAAGUACCUCCCUGAGAGACAUAGCAUAAUCUCUUCCAAGCUUGAAUUAAGCUCCGGCGACGAAGAACAGCCAAUUCCUGGUUACGUCUGCCCCGUGCCGACGAAGGUUUUGCCUCCAGGCAUGUUCGUGAGAGAGUCCUACGAGGCGUGGGUCGAAAUGGCUGAGAAGUUCCCUGGAACCAAGGGCAUUUUGGUAAACUCCUUCUCAGGUCUUGAGAAAAACGCUUUUGAUUACUUUGGUCGUCGUCCUGAGAAUUAUCCUCCGGUUUAUCCGGUCGGACCGGUUCUUAGUUUAGAGGAUCGCCCAUCUCCAAAUCUGGACUCGUCGGACCGGGACCGGGUCAUGAGAUGGCUCGAGGACCAGCCGGAGUCGUCAGUUGUGUACGUCUGCUUCGGGAGCUUAGGAAUCCACGGCAGACCGCAGAUUGAGGAGAUAGCUCGAGCCAUAGAGCUCGCCGGCCAUAGGUUUCUCUGGUCAGUCCGCACAAGUCCGACGAAGAAAGCGAGUCCGUACGAUCUGUUGCCGGAGGGGUUUUUAGAUCGGACGGGGAGUAAAGGAUUAGUGUGCGAUUGGGCACCACAGGUGGAAGUGUUGGCUCACAAGGCGAUCGGAGGGUUUGUGUCACACUGCGGUUGGAACUCGCUGCUCGAGAGCUUGUGGUUCGGAGUUCCGAUCGCCACGUGGCCAAUGAAAGCCGAGCAACAGCUAAACGCGUUCACUAUGGUGAGGGAGCUAGGGUUAGCCGUGGAGCUGCGUUUAGAUUACGUUUCUGCGUACGGAGAGAUAGUGAAAGCUGAGGAGAUCGCGGGAGCCGUACGAUCUCUGAUGGACGGUGAGGAUACGCUGAGGAAAAAAGUGAAGGAGAUGUCAGAGUCGGCGAGGAAGGCUUUGAUGGACGGUGGAUCUUCGUUUGUUGCUGUUAAACGAUUCCUUGACGAGUUGAUCGGCGAUGAUGCUUAGUUAUUUCCAUCUUUUGUAAACGUCGUCGUUCGAUAUGGUCCAAUGAGAUCUUUAAUAAAUAUUAUGUUAAAUAA